AAUGAAGAAGUAUAACGUCAUAUGCUAGAUGCCAAACUAAUUUAAUGUUUCUUUUCUUGUGUUUUUCACUUGUGAUGUUUCGGGUCCUAGUCGUUUCUUAGACAUGACACUAGUAAGCGUUGGGAGAUGUUAAGGUUGUGUGUGUGUGUGUGUGUGUGUGUGUGUUCACUUUCACCCGGAGAGCGCUCCUCUGACAUCCCAUCAGAGGAUUAUUUGGCCCCUUAGUCAUGUGAUGGGAGAUUAGUUGCCGGGCCCAGAGUCUCCCGGCAUCAUGCGCCGCAUUCCCAGUCCAGGCGCCGCUCUUGACCAGUGCCGUUCCCGCAGCCGCAGUCAUGCUGGGAAACUUUAACUCCAGAAACCUCUUCAAUCACUUCUUCUGCGAGACUGCCAAAGGCAACCCGGGGCUAUGGUGAGUCGUGGGCAGGUCUAAGUGCUCAGUGGUAGUGGGAUAGUUUGAUGGCACCUUUUUUGUAAGUGGUUUUGGUUGUUUGGUGUUUGUGACUAGAGAUUUCACUUGGACUCGGAUGAGUUUCGAGACUCGUGAAUGUGAAGAACAUUAUUGUCAACUAACUAAGUUGGAGUUGGAAGAAACAUGUUGCCUACUAUAUGUGUAACAUGCAAAGCCCAGUGAGUUCUGUUACAGAACAGUGUUGAUUGAGUUUAUUUGAUGAUUUUCAAAAAGCACAUGUUAACUUUGUUUUUCAAUGCUCCUCUACAGUUAGGCUUUACUUUGAUAUUCAAAAUCCUUAGUAUUACUAAGUGACUCAGGAGAGUUAGGUUGUGUGUGUGUGUGUGUGUGCGUGUGUUACUUGGGCUAGCGGCUCAUUGUUGUCAUGAGGUUCUGUCCCCACAGAUAGUGUUACUGUGGAGCAACAACAGAAGGGGCUUAACCUGAGCGGUCUUGUGUUCUCUCACACACACAAAAUACACAAAAUACACAGACCUCUGUUUGGAUACAUCUCUAAGACACUGAGGCCGUGUCAUGUCCUCGAAGUGUUGUUGUAUCCACAAUUGUGCCCACGCACAGCAACCCUUAAUCCCAUCGAGCGUUUAAUUGGCACUAUCACUGGGAUUACAGGUCAAAUCAGGUGUUAGUCAGCUGCCAAGGUUGCUAAAUCCACUCAACCGAACUAACCACGCGGCCACUCGCUCGCUGAUACAUAGGAGCCUAUCUGUGGUUUACGGCAACCCCUUAGGGACACACUGCUUAGCACACUAUCGAUACAGAUUUUGAAGCCUUCCCUCAGCAAUGGACCAAGCAACAGGGCAAAAGCUAAUUCAUUGGCUGGAAUAAAGUUUGGAUUUGGAGUGUCAUUGACCUGUUUUAUAAUGAAUGAUGAUGAUAGAUUGUGAUUGAAUAUACCGCAUGUGAAAAACGAAGAGAUGCAGUAGGUCAGUAUAGUCAUGUUCCAGCAUGUGGCAGUUUUGACCAAUAUUGUCAGUACAAAUGGACCCUCUUUCCCAGGGUGUCCAGGCACCCAGAGCCAGCGUGCGGUGCUGGACCUGCCCAGGCUGGAGUGUGUGGAGGAGAGGGCCAUGGUGACGGACCCUCCGCGCUCGCCACAGACCACCCUGAGGGACGUCUCGCCGUCGCCCCCCACAGGCCCCACCACCACCUGCAGCAGCGUGCCCAUGUGGACGGAGGAGUCGGGCGUAGACAAUCCUGCCUUUGAGGAGAGCACGGAGGAAGACAGUGUAGUGGGUUUAGAAUGUGCUCCUCCUCGUGUCAAACGCCCUCUCAGUAACCCCUGCAUCCACCUCCUGCGCACUGGAAGCUCCGCCUCGUCUGGGUGGGACUGUGCAGAGUCCCCGCCUCUCUCGGCAGAGGAAGGCUGUGUGAAGCUGCCCUCCCUGCCUGAGGGGGAGAUCACCACCAUUGAGAUUCAUCGCUCCAACCCCUACAUGGAGCUGGGCAUCAGCAUCGUGGGAGGCAACGAGACCCCCCUCAUCAACGUGGUGAUCCAGGAGGUGUAUCGCGACGGGGUGAUCGCUCGGGAUGGGAGACUGUUGGCUGGUGACCAAAUAUUACAGGUGAAUAACGUAGACAUCAGUAACGUGGCCCAUAACGUGGCCCGCACCACCCUGGCUCGCCCGUGCACCACCCUCCAGCUGACAGUGCUCCGAGAACGCCGCUGUGCCGCCCGGCCUCCCCCCGCGGCGCCCGUGGCCCCUGCGUCCGCCGCCACCCCCACACCGCCCCCUGGUGGCACCAUCAGCAGCAGCGGUAGCGGCAGUGGCGUUGGUGGCGGUGGAACCGGAGGGGGCAGCGGCAGUCCGGCCAGCCUGCGGAUCACCCUCCACAAGCGGGACUCGGCUCAGCUGGGCAUCAAGUUGGUGCGGCGUACGGACGAGGCGGGCGUCUUCGUGCUGGACCUGCUGGACGGUGGACUGGCCGCCAAGGACGGCAGGCUGUGCCGGGACGACCGCGUGCUGGCCAUCAAUGAGCACGACCUCCGGCACGGCACGCCAGAGCAGGCCGCGCAGAUCAUACAGGCCAGUGGGGAGAGAGUCCAUCUUCUGAUUGGCCGUCCUAACAAGCAAAGUACGCCCCUGCUGACCGGCACCAAUGACAUGAGAGAUAGCUGGUGCCAUGACAACACCCCGCCCCUCCCCCACACAGCGGCGCCUAGCCCUGUGCCCAGCCUACAAAUGGUCCGGUCCAGCGCUCACAGAGAUCUCUCCCAGUGUGUGACCUGUAAGGAGAAACACAUCACGGUGAAGAAGGAGCCUCACGAGUCCCUGGGCAUGACUGUAGCGGGCGGGCGAGGCAGCAAGAGCGGCGAGCUGCCAAUCUUCGUGACGAGCGUCCAGCCCCACGGUUGCCUGGCACGAGAUGGCCGCAUCAAGCGAGGUGAUGUUCUCCUGAGCAUUAAUGGGCAGGACCUGACGUACUUGAGCCACAGUGAGGCGGUGGGCACGCUGAAGGCCAGCGCCGCGUCCUGCUCCGUCCAGCUGAGGACCCUAGAGGUGGACAUGACGGAGGAGCUGUGUGGUGAUGAGGACUUCCUGGCCCCGCACGACAAUAAUGAGUAUGAUGCCAGCUGGUCGCCAUCUUGGGUCAUGUGGCUAGGGCUGCCCAGCUACCUGUACAGUAGCCAUGAGAUUGUCCUGCGGCGCAACCAUCCAGGAAGCUGGGGCUUCAGCAUUGUCGGGGGCUACGAGGAAAACCAUAACAACCAAGCGUUCUUCAUCAAGACCAUUGUCCUAGGAACACCAGCGUACUACGAUGGUCGCCUCAAGUGCGGAGACAUGAUUAUAGCUGUGAACGGCCUCUCGACAGCGGGCAUGACUCACUCUGCACUGGUGCCCAUGCUGAAGGAACAGCGGAGUCGGGUGGCACUGACCGUGGUGUCCUGGCCGGGCAGCCUCGCAUAGCGCCCUCUCCUGACCAAGCAUCAGACUACGCCCAGACAUUUGUGUUUUUAGAUCAGAAAACGACAAAAACACUCCUCAGUGUUUUUUUCUACUCUCCACUGUGUUGAAAACUAAACGAGAGUCUCGGAGCUUGAUUUUUUUGCACCACUCAAUGCUGAAGAAAAGACAAAUAAAUAACUAAAACGAACAAACAUACCAGGCCUUAGUAAACCUGCCACGCCCGCAAGGCUCGACCCCCAGGAGCGCAGCCUUAAGGUCUCUCCAUCACCGUGAUCAGCGGUCCUAUGUAGAGCUGGGGGGUUUUAUAUUUGUAUGUGUGUAAGUAUGUAUGUGUGUGUGUGUGUGUGUAUGUUAAGCUAUUUGUUAAAUAAAUCGUUCCCAGAGUGGACAUCUGGGUGUGUUAUUA